UUACGAGUCUCAACUGGCUUCAUCUUCUUCUUCGUACACUCUUCGCAAUUUCAUAUCGAUGGAGCAGCUGGAAUUCACUCUUUGGUCGGCAUUGGUAGGUUGGUUGGGACUGCUUGUGGUUUGGCACCUGCGGAAGGGAAGGACAGGUCCGCAGCUUCCUCCAGGGCCACGAGGAUUACCAGUUUUAGGAAGCCUACAUCUCGUCGGAGAAUUGCCUCAUCGAGACUUCACCAAGUUAGCAGACAAGUAUGGCCCCAUUGUCCACCUUAAACUCGGAUUUGUGCAUACGAUUGUUGUCUCUAGUCCAGAAUUUGCUGAGGAGGUCCUGAGAAGACAGGACGAGAAUUUCUCCACUCGAUUCACGUCGCCGAAGAUUGAAGAGCUGACAUUCGACGGCUUCCACGAAGUUGUUUACGCAGAGGCUGGACCAUACCAUAAGUACUUGAAGAGGAUUCUCAAAGAAGAAAUGGUUUCUCUCCGUGCUCAGAUGAGGUUCAAGGAUUCUAGACGGGUUUCUCUCAUGGAGACAAUUCAGUCCCUGCACAAGAAAUCAAAAGACGGGAAACCGGUGGUGAUUGUGGAAGACCUGAUGGAGUGCUUACAAAUGACGAUCUGUCGACUUAUGUUCCACAAUAUCACAAACCUCGUAAGAGAAUUCAUUCCAGUUAGUAGGGAACUUAUGUUUCUGGCCAGUGCUGCUGACCCUGGAGAUUUUAUGCCAUGGUUAGGAAGGCUUGAUCUAUUCGGUUACAACAAGAGGGCUCGACGAAUUAUCGAGCGUUUGGACAGGUGUAUGCAGAGUGUCAUCGAUGAGCACCGUGAUCGUAUAAAGAGCACCGGAGUGAACCAAAUGGCCGACAUCGUCGAUAUAUGCUUGAGUCUUCAAGACCAGGAUGGGAAAGGACCUCUGCCUGAUGGACCCAUCAAAGGAAUCAUGGCCGACAUGAUGAUCGGCGGAUCGGAGACAUCGGCAAUAUCAAGCGAAUGGGCUCUAAUGGAGCUGCUUCGGAAUCCACACAUUCUUCAGAAGGUGAAAGAUGAGAUAGCGUCCGUGGUGGGAACCGAGAGGUUCGUCGAGGAAUCGGACUUGCCGAAGCUGACAUAUUUGCAGCAGAUGUUGAUGGAAAGUUCACGACUCCAUGUUAUAGCACCCGUCUUGAUUCCUCGAGAAUGCGUACGAGAUACCACCAUUGGAGGUUACCACAUACCUGCGAAGUCUCGCAUUUUCGUUAACGUUUUCAAAAUUCAUAAGGAUCCCUCAGUCUGGGAGAAUCCACUGGAGUUCAAUCCGGACAGAUUCUCGCAGUCGAAUCUUCACAACAAGAGGUACGAUUUCCUACCUUUCGGAUCAGGUCGAAGGGGCUGUCCCGGAAUGGAUUUGGGAAAUCUGUUCGUGAUGUCUCUCAUGGCUCAGCUGCUCCACUGCUUCGACGUGGAGCUGCCCGAAGGCCAGAGAAUUGAGGACAUCGAUACAACGGAAGUCUUCGGUCUUUCUUGUCCGAUGAAAGUCCCCUUGCGUGUUGUCCUCAAACCUCGUCUGCCUUCUCACCUCUACGACGGAAUACAGGUACAUUGUGAAGAUUAAUAUAGAAAGCUACCUUGGUGCAUAGAAAUCUAGUCUUGCGUUUUCCAAUCAUGAUCUGACUUUUCUGGAGUCGUUCCAGUCAUCAGAAGCUUUUUGCGCCAGCUCCGACUUUCUGUACUCAGUCAUGGGACUUGAUCUGUCGGUACUUUAAAAUUAUAUACUUUACUGGGGUUAGCCCCGCCUCCGUCGUUUUGUCUUCAUUGUACAGGGUGGAUGGGGUCUUCACCAUCCACUUCUCAUUAAUUAUAAUGGCCAAAUUUUUUGCUAUCCAGUUGGAUCUUUGGAAGGCAUGAAGGACGAUUGAAACCCG